GAGGAAGAAAACAGGCCAGCCCCUUCUUCGCUGGUAUUCGAGAUCUUCAUGGUUUGAGAACACCAAUGGCGACCGAACAGACCUAAGCCAACGUGGUUGGUGUUUCAGCAUCAGCCGAGACAAGAGGCCUGGAUGUGUAACCUUCAGCAUCAGACGCUGAGAGGACAGGCACAUUUCCAGUAACAGCUUCAUUUCCCCGCGUUCCCUGGGGAAAGAGGGCGGAGUUUGCCACGAGCGCGUCCCCUUCAUUCGCAGUCCGGGCGCGUUCUCAGCAGGAUCGCAGAGAGCCGGCUCUCCUCGCCCGUAGUCCCUGUGGUCCUGGGAGCACGUCCCCUAGCCCCUCGGCGUCCCCGCGGUCCCAGGAAGGCGGCUAGCCAGCGGGAGUAGGAGAGCCACUGAGCCAUGGGCGCAGGCAGUUCCACCGAGCAGCAGAGCCCCGAGCAGCCGGCGGGGAGCAACACGCCGAGCGAGCCGGAGCUCAGUGGCCACGGGCCCGCAGCGGAGGAGCCGGGAGCAGCAGGAGAACCCGCCGACGCGGAUCCCGCCACCAAGGCCCUACAGAAGAAUGGCCAGCUAUCUGCUGUCAAUGGUGUGGCUGAACAAGGAGAUGUCCAUGUCCAAGAGGGAAAGCAGGAUGGGCAGGAGGAAGAAGUUGUUGUUGAAGAUGUUGGACAGAGAGAGUCAGAAGAUGUGAGAGAAAAAGACCGAACUAAAGAAAUGGCUGCCAACUCUGCAGUUGUUGAAGACAUCACAAAGGAUGGGCAGGAGGAAACACCUGAAAUAAUCAAAGAGAUCCCUGCUUCAGAGAACGUUGUAGAAGAAACGGCACAGCCCGCAGAGUCCCAGGCUAACGAUGUUGGCUUUAAGAAGGUAUUUAAGUUUGUGGGCUUUAAAUUCACCGUGAAAAAAGAUAAAAAUGAGAAAUCUGAUCCUGUCCAGCUCCUCACUGUCCAAAAGGAUGAAGGCGCAGAAGCCACAGUUGGGGCCGGUGACCACCAGGAGCCCGGCAUGGAGACAGGAGAGUCCGCACCCAAAGAAAGUGAGCUGAAGCAAUCCACAGAGAAGCCGGAGGACACCCCGCAGCAAGCACAGAGCGGCACAGAAGAAAUUCCCCUUCAGGCGGAAUCUGGUCAGCUGGCCGAGGAAGAAGCCAAAGACGAAGGAGAAGAGAAACAAGAGAAAGAACCCACCAAAUCCGCAGAAUCUCCGACCAGCCCAGCCAGCGGCGAGACAACAUCUUCCUUCAAGAAAUUCUUCACGCACGGUUGGUCCGGCUGGCGCAAAAAGACCAGCUUCAAGAAGCCGAAGGAGGAUGAGCUGGAGGCUUCGGAGAAGAGAAAGGAGCAAGAGGCAGAAAAAGUCGGCGAGGGAGAAAAUGACAAGGCAGAAGGUCCUUCUGGGCAAGCUCCAGCGUCUGAGCAGCAGGAGCCCGCAGGAGACACACACCAGGCCAGGUUGUCCGCAGACUAUGAGAAGGUGGAGCUGCCCCUGGACGACCAGGUCGGUGGGCUGCAGGGAGCAUCCGAGGAGAAGUGUGCUCCGCUGGCAACUGAAGUGUUUGAUGAGAAAGUGGAAGCCCAACAAGAAGUUGUUGCGGAAGUCCAUGUGAGCACUGUAGAGAGGAUGCCGGAGGAGCAAGGCGUGGAGGGGGCCGAAGGGGAUGUGAAAGACACAGGAGAAUCAUCGCCCCCUGAAAAACUGGCCGAGGAGGCCCCUCCUCAGGAGGCUGCUCCUGCUGAGGAGCCGCUGAAUAGCAAAGAAUUGCGUGACUCUGCAGGUGACCAUACACAGCUGACCGAUCUCAGUCCCGACGAGAAGGCGCUGCCCAAACACCCGGAGGGCAUUGUCACUGAGGCGGACCUGCUGUCUUCCCAAGAGAGGAUCAAGGCUCAGGGAAGCCCUCUGAAGAAACUCUUCAGUAGCUCGGGCUUGAAGAAGCUGUCUGGGAAGAAGCAGAAGGGGAAACGAGGGGGCGGAGGAGAUGAGGAGCCAGGAGAACUCCAGCAGGUUCAAACCGAGUCCCCAGAGAGCACUGAUGAACACAAGGGCGAGAGCUCUGCCUCGUCCCCGGAAGAGCUGGAGGACACGCCCUGUCUGGACAAAGGGCUGUCGUCGGAAGUGCACCAGGAAGGCGAAGCCGAGGAGGGCGCCACUUCUGACGGAGAGAAGAAAAGGGAAGGAAUCACUCCCUGGGCAUCCUUCAAGAAGAUGGUAACACCCAAGAAACGGGUCCGAAGGCCUUCCGAGAGUGACAAGGAAGACGAAGUGGACAAGGUCAAGAGUGCCACUCUGUCCUCCACGGAGAGCACCAUGUCAGAAAUGCAAGAAGAAGGCAAAACCGUUGGAGAGGAGCAGAAGCCAGAAGAACCAAAGCGCAAGGUGGACACCUCUGUGUCGUGGGAGGCGCUCAUUUGCGUGGGCUCAUCCAAGAAAAGAGCGAGGAAGGCGUCAUCUUCAGAUGACGAAGAAGGGCCCAGAACAGUGGGAGGGGAUGGUCACAGAGAGGAAGAGGCCAGCAAGGACAAGGAAGCUGGAGCAGAAGCCGUCCCUGCCAGCACAGAGGAGCAUGAUCAAGCGCAAGGAGGCUCCUCACCCGAGCCAGCUGGAAGCCCUUCUGAAGGGGAAGGUGUCUCCACCUGGGAGUCCUUUAAAAGGCUAGUCACCCCGAGAAAAAAAUCCAAGUCAAAGCUGGAAGAGAAGACAGAAGACUCCGGCACAGAGCCAUUGGCUUCAGACAUUGAGCCGAGCAAAGAGGAAUCUUGGGUUUCCAUUAAGAAAUUUAUCCCUGGACGGCGGAAGAAAAGGCCAGACGGGAAGCAAGAACAAGCCACUGUUGAAGACGUGGGGCCAGCAGAAGUCAAUGAAGACGACCCAGAUGUCCCCGCCGUUGUGCCUCUGUCUGAGUACGACGCGGUGGAAAGGGAGAAGAUGGAGCUGCAGCAAGCCGAGGAGACUGAGGAAGGACCCCAGCUACACGGGUCCGUGUACGUGUCUGAGGAGGUUAGCAAGACGCUGGUCCACACCGUCAGUGUGGCUGUCAUUGAUGGGAGCAGGGCAGUCACCAGUACCGAAGAGCGGUCUCCUUCUUGGAUAUCCGCUUCCGUGACGGAACCUCUUGAACACGCCGCAGAUGAAGCCACACCCUCCACUGAGGAGGUCACCGAAAGAGACAUCAUUGCAAAAGAAACACCCACGGUCACCCAGACAUUACCAGAGGGCAAAGAUGCCCAUGACGACGCGGUUAUCAGCGAGGCGGAGUUCACCUCUGAAGCUGUGACAGCUGCAGAAACCACAGAGGCUCUCCGUGCUGAAGAAGUCACUGAAGCCUCAGGGGCAGAAGAGACCACGGACAUGGUGUCAGCGGUUUCCCAACUAACUGAUUCUCCAGACACCACAGAGGAAGCCACCCCGGUCCAGGAGGUAGAGGGUGUGCCGGACAGAGAAGAGCAGGAGCGGCAGACACAAGCCGUCCUCCAGGCAGUUGCAGAAAAGGUGAAAGAGGAGCCCCAGGCGCUUGCCACCCAGACUGUGCAGAGAUCGGGGCCGAAAGCAUUGGAGAAAGUGGAGGAGGUCGAAGAGGAUUCCGAGGUGCUAGCCGAGGCGAGAGAGAGGGAUGUCGUCGUGCUGGAAGAGCCCGUGCAGGGAGGUGAAGCUAAGCAUUCUUCUGCACGGGGCUCUGAGAUGGGACAGAGUACUCCAGACAGCCUCAAAGCCGUUCCCGACGACGACGAUGUCACUGCAGGUGUAGAGUUGAAGGAUGGGGUUACCACAUGCCAGGCUGGAGAGCCCCAGCAGCUGAUGGAUCAAGGUGUAGCCCCCGACUCAUCCGAAACCCUCACAGACAGUGAGACAAAUGGAAGUACUCCCCUAGCAGAUUCAGACGCUCCAGAUGUGACACAGCAGGACGAGGCCGUUGAAAGCCAGGACAGUAAAGCCAUUGCAGCUGACGGGCAGUCACAGGUCACAGAGGCUGAAGCAGCUCCUGCUCAGGAGGAGGGACCUUCGGUGCCACCCAGUUUCCCGCCCCAGGAAGAAGAACACGGGGAAACACCAGGGAGAGAUGUUCUAGAACCAACACAAGACUUUGCUGUGGAAGCAGUGCCCGACCUGGCAAAGACCGAGGUGGGCCCAGAGGCCGGCCACUCUGAUGGCGAAGGAGGCAAAGACGGACUAUGUGUGGAAGGACACACAGAUGGACCCGACAGCCGAGAAAAGGUUGCAGACGCAAUGGGAGCACCCGAGUGUCAAGAAGAGGAGGAGACGGAGGAAGUGCAGAGCAUCAGCCCGGAGGAGACAGAGGUGGGAGCCGAUGUUGAGAAGGAGAAAAUGGAAAUAAAGCUGGAGCAAGUGAGUCAAGAACCUGAGGGGACAGCGGCCACCCCCGAGCAUGAAGAAACCCACCCGCAGCCCACCCAGACCGCUGAUACGUCCGACUCAGAGGGGGAAAAGGAAGUGAGCAGCCUUGAAGGACACCCUUCUCUCCCAGACCAAGACAAGGCAGGUUGCAUAGAGGUUCAAGUUCAAAGCUCCGACCCACCGGUAACCCCAAUGGCCAUACCUGUGAGGGAGGUUGCAGAAGAGGUCAAGAUUGCAGAAGCGGAUGAGCGUGUGGGUGCACACUUAAUGCCAUCAGAGAAGUCCUCCGAAAAGGGUGACCACUGGCCCUUGGGGCCUGAGUCUCAAGCAGAGUCAGUCCCAGUAAUAGCAUCUCCCGCUCCCGAAAGCACCCUACAUUCCGACCCGCAAGGAGAGAUAGGCGCAUCCCAGAAACAGAGAUCAGAUGACGAAGAUGACGAGCAGACUGAUGGCCCUGAUGGCAAGGAGAGCGCAGCAAGGGAGGGAGAAGCUGUGGCCUUGGAGCUCCAGAGCGAGAGCACCAAGCUUGUCCAGAACAUCAUCCAGACAGCCGUGGACCAGUUCACUCGUACGGAAACAGCCCCCACGGCUUGCCCUCCUGAUUCACAGACCCAGGUUCCGGUGAUGCAGGCUGACAGCCAGGGAGCUCAGCAGAUGCUGGACAGAGAAGAGAGCCGCCAUCAAGCCUCCGCUCAAGAGGAAGCUGCUGCUGCUGCAGCCCAAGAGGGACUUGCCCUUACAGACAUUUCCAAAGGCAUGAGCGAGCCUUCAGAAAAGGUCAGCACGUUUGCAGUUGACCAGCAGUGUGAGCGGGUGAUUGUCCCGCUUGGGGCAGAGGGAGAUGGAAACGGAGCAAAACCUGUGCCAAGUGAUGAUUGUGCCAAAUUAGGAGAAGGCGUAGAGAAGCUGCCACCUGAAUCCAAAGAUCCAAAGGGGCAUGCUGCUGAUGGCCCCCAACACCAAAGCUCAGCCCAGGCAGAGGCGGAUGCCUCGGGAAACCUAACCAAAGAGUCUCCAGACGCCAACGGACCAAAGCUAACGGAGGAGGGAGAUGCCCGGGAAGUAGGGGUUCAGGAAGGAAAAACACACACCGAGACCAAGCCCCAGACAGAAGAGGACCUACAGGAGCCGGAGGGAGACUUGGCAGAAUCCUAAGAUAUUGGUUACUCAUUGUAUAUCUGCAAGGCCAGAAUGUGAAGACAAGCCACAGAACAAAACGCUGCUGUUGGGACCUUGAGACCAAGAUUGCCGAGCCCUUGAGAUUCAGAGAGUGGGGCAUCCACUGACUUCAACCUUGGAGAGCACCCCGACAAUCCUGAGGCUGCACCGGGAGCUAGAGCCAGCUAACGUUUCCUUAUUUCAAGACUGCUUUUGAUCCCCCCCUCCCCCUUGAUACCGUAUAUUUCUGAUUGAAGGUCCUACAUUCCACCUGGAACGGAUGUCGGCAAUACCUAGUUCUACUUCUCAAACUGGAGCAUCCUCUAUGUAUUUAUAUGUAUGUUUCUGUAGUCCUCCUCAUGUACUUAUUGUAUAUUUUUCCUAACGUUUAAGCACAUGCCUUUUGUAUCACGCAACAUAUGGUGGAUGUGCAGCCAGUUUGAAGCCUUGAGAAGCUCCAAGCCUCAACUAUAUUAACCUGUGGCAGACAAGGAUGUAACAUUCCUGAGAGGGAGGUACAAGUCAUUUUAAACUUCAUUGAGGCUUAGGUUUAUGGGUUUAGUCGUCCUCUGAAAGUGGUCGUUUUCCUACACACAGGGAGCUCAGAAAUAAAACACCAUUUGGAAACAUCCAGAAUGUCCCGAUGUUACUGUGACGUGUUUCUUUCUAGUCCAGUUCAGGUUUGGAAAGUAGUCUCCUUAGUGGCAGAUUAAGCCCCUUCUCUUAAUGACAUGGACAGAUGAUUGUGCCUAAGGCCGUGGUGAUACCUUUUCCAUCUUAUGCAGAAGGAAAUCUGUUGUACUUUUUGAUUGUACUCUUAUAUGCUGGAUCGAAUUCGUACGCAGAACAAAGUGAGUCCCGUUCUUUAUAAAAUGGUAUUUUGAUAGAUACUGGAGUGUGUCUGUGUUAUACCUGUGCCCCUUUUAAGAACAAUGUUGCAUUAUGUUCAUUUGAAUAAAUUGUGAUUUGACAACUGAUUUAAAUAAAAUAUUUGCUUCACUUAGAUUCA